AUUUUGAAAGCUCAACUUUCAGACCGGAAGUGUCACUGGUUUUUAAGCUAACGGAGGAAAAAUAACUCAGCUGGCGAAAGUCCCCGGAUUUGUUUCUGCGUUUCGGCUGGCGCAGUGCGCGGGAUUUUGCACACUCUUAAGGGCACGAGGGAUUCCUAAAACGAAGAAAUAAAACGGCACAUAUUUGCUUUUGGGACUUUGGACAGAAAAGUUUGCCGCUUCCUCAGCUAACAAUGGCUACGAGCCCCCCAGUUCCGGGCUUCCAGAACAAAACCCGGGUGGCCAUCCUCGCGGAGCUGGAUAAGGAGAAGAGGCGCCUGCUGCAGAGCCAGUCCAUGAACAGCCCCGGGGCCAACAUCCCGCUGGCCUCGUCCAGACCCAGCCUGAAGGAGGUGAGGGACAGCGCCGAGCAGCAGCACAUCGCCGCGCAGCAGAAGGCCGCGCUGCAGCACGCGCACGGACACUCGUCCGGCUUCUUCAUCACGCAGGACUCGUCGUUCGGGAACCUGAUCCUGCCGGUGCUCCCGCGGCUGGAGCCCGAGCUCUGACGGGGGCUGGACGAAAGCGACUCCGUGUUUGACGUUCGUGUUGAUACUCUAACAAUUGAAAUAAAAACUUUAUUUACAGUAAUUUGUUUUCUGUCCAAGGACAACAGGACCGUCCAGCCUGAGAUUUAAACUACCAACAGUUUGAUGGUAAUAUGGACAACAUGUGACGAAAAUAGAUAAAUAUCAAUUCUGUGAGAAAUCAGAGUCUGAACCCACCAGGCAGAAGAUAUCUAUGUGGGAUAGAUGGUUCUAUUACUCACACUGGACACAUUUUUUUUGCUUAAAGGGAACCAGAGUUGGUUUCCCCCAAGUGGACCUGGUACCGGAUCAGGAACUGCUCUCAGAUCCAUCUAUCCAGGUGGUCUGGGUUUGUUUCCAAUCGGACUGAGCUCCAGUUUUCUGAAUCUUUUCUCUGAGCUGAACAACUGGACCAGAAGAACCACCACAGCUGGCUUUACAGGAUGUGAUCACAGAAGUGGAGCAACAAUGAGACACAUCAAUUCAUGUAGUUUAAUGAAUGCAGGCUCAUUAAAACAACUUCUAUUGUGA